GAAUAAGGAGGAAGUGACAUCAUAUGGAUGAAGAUUAAAAAGUUCUACCUAUAUUUUUGCGUUCUUAAAAAAAAGAAGAAAAAAAGGGCAGAUAGGCCUAAUAGUGUUGGAUAUUAGAAUACUUUCUUCAACGUUGAUCAGUUCGCACAAACACGUUUUUAAAGUGGCAUUUUCACAUAUUGAAAGAUUGAUUAUGAUGAAAAUCGGGGGAAAAACUGACAGUGAAGAGCUCUAUAUUUCGUGAACUCUAACUGUUGAAAACAUGGAUCAAAGCACAGUGCUAGAGGUGGGCGGUAUGAAAUGCCAGUCUUGUGUGAAGAAGAUUGAGACUGCGUUAGCUAACGAGACUGGAGUCAUUAGCAUAAAGGUUUUAUUGGAAGAAAAGGAAGCCUUAAUUCACUACCAAUUAACAGAAACCAAUCCAGGGGUAUUAGUGGAAAAAAUUGAAAGUAUGGGCUAUGAUGUCAAGGUGAAAGAAAUUCAGACCAGGAAUCCCAAGUAUGAUUUGGGUGCUGCCGUCAAGGAAACGGUGAUUGACAUUGAGGGUAUGACCUGUAUGUCAUGUGUGAGGACAAUCGAAGGGAUGAUUUCAAAACUGGACGGAAUUCAACAGAUAACUGUUUCACUGGAAAACAAAUCUGCAGCUGUUUCGUAUGAUCCUUCGAAAUUGUCACCAGAACAAAUUGCAAAUAACAUUGAUGAUCUUGGAUUUGAUGCCACGGUUCACAAUGUAUAUCCAAUGCAUAACACUGUACUGAUACAUGUUGAAGGCAUGACUUGUCAGUCAUGUGUCAACACUAUAGAAACCUCUUUUUCGUUGAAGGAGGGAGUUAAAGAAAUCAAAGUGUCCCUAGCCGAUAAGCAAGCAUUUAUUAUUUAUGAUCCAAAGAAAACCAAUCCUGAAGUUCUGCGCUCAGACUUGGAUGACAUGGGUUUCACUGCCUCCUUGCCAACAUCAUCUGAUGGAAGAAGUGACGUAGAUGUGUCAAAGCCUUCAAAAGAGUCAGAGUGUGUGAUUGACAUAGAUGGGAUGACCUGUGGGUCGUGUAUCAGGAACAUUGAAAACAAUAUCUCAUCCAAGAAGGGCAUAAAGGGUAUUAAAGUUUCGCUGGAAAACAAGAAUGGUGUUGUCCAGUAUGAUAAUUCUUUGAUCAGCCCGAAAGCGAUAGCUGAAAUGAUUGAUGAUAUGGGAUUUGUAGCAACGGUUAUCAGUGACCAGCAUGGUUCCUCUUCCAAAAGUCCUGGGGUUGCUAGAGUAGUGAUAGAGAUGCAAGGCAUCACUUGCCAGUCCUGUGUCACAACAAUUGAAGAGAAGCUUGGCAGCCAUGUUGGAGUGAAGGAGAUCAAAGUGUCCCUGGCUGACCAGAAGGCAGAGAUUGUGUACUACCCGGACAGAGUGUCACCCAGGACCUUGUGCAAUGCAGUCAGUGAUAUGGGCUUUGAGGCUUCACUGCCAGGAGUGAACAGUGACAAUUUGGAACCAAGUGUUGAAUUCAAGCCUUCGAACCCGUUUCUGUCACCAUCAUCAUCUGUGAAAUUCCAUAAAAGUGAUGAUGAUAUUGAGAUGGCAGAGUAUGAGAAAUGUUAUCUGAAGGUAUCUGGCAUGACGUGUGCCUCCUGUGUGGCAACAAUAGAGAAAAACAUUGGGAAGAUUGAAGGCAUCCAGUCUGUGCUGGUGGCUCUGAUGGCCCAGAAGGCCGAGGUGAAGUACGACCCCGCCUACAUCCUCCCGUCUCAGAUUGCAAGCGCGAUCAAUGAGCUCGGUUUCCGGGCGUCCGUUAUGGAGGUGGACGGUGCAGGGGAGGCAACCAUUGAGCUCACCAUCACUGGCAUGACCUGCUCUUCGUGUGUCCACCUUAUCGAGUCAACACUGAAGAAAAAAACAGGCAUCAUAUCUGCUUCAGUCGCAAUGUCCACGUCCAGAGGAAAGUUUACCUUCAAAACGGAUGAUAUUGGGCCGCGAGACAUCAUUGAGACUAUCAAGUCUAUAGGUUUCGAGGCUCACCUGGUAACCGAUGAUGACGACAUUGCUCGAUACGACCACAGACAUGAAAUCAAAAGAUGGCGUGGCUCGUUUUUACUGUCGUUGGUGUUUGGUUUGCCAGCACUGGUUGUCAUGUUGUACUUCAUGUUUCACGAGCCAGCCGUUACAGCUGAUUCUACAUCUUCCAACGAGACCAGUCCCGACAACACAACCACUCCAAAACCCAAGGAGAGUUACUACCAAAUAAUGGUGGUUCCUGGCCUGUCGGUUGAAAACCUCCUGCUUUUCCUUCUGUCAACCCCAGUUCAGUUUGUUGGUGGUCGAUACUUCUAUAUUCAGGCUUACAAAGCUGUAAAGCAUAAAGCAACCAAUAUGGAUGUUUUGGUUGUCUUGGCAACUACAAUAUCCUAUACGUACUCUGUUAUCAUCGUUGUUGUUGCGAUGUCCAUGGAAGAGCCUGUCAGCCCAAGAACGUUCUUUGAGACGACCCCGAUGUUGAUGGUGUUUAUAGCCCUGGGAAGGUGGCUGGAACACAUUGCUAAGGGCAAGACAAGUGAAGCACUGGCCAAGCUGAUGUCCCUGCAGGCCUCAGAGGCAGUUCUAGUGGAGGUGGACAAAGAAAUGAACAUAAUAAAGGAGGAGACGAUUGGUGUUGACCUUGUACAACGUGGAGAUGUCUUGAAGGUGGUGCCAGGUGAAAAGAUUCCAGUGGAUGGGAGGGUCGUGGAUGGGACGUCAACGUGUGAUGAAUCACUCAUAACAGGAGAAAGUAUGCCAGUCCCCAAAAAGACAGGUAGCUCUGUUAUCGGAGGUUCGAUUAACCAACAUGGCAUGCUGCUGGUAGAGGCCACACAUGUGGGAUCGGACACCACCCUGUCACAGAUCGUGAAACUCGUCGAGGAGGCUCAGACAUCAAAGGCUCCAAUUCAAGAACUGGCAGACAGAAUCGCUGGUAUCUUCGUUCCCAUUGUGUGCAUUCUCUCUCUGCUCACGCUAACUGUGUGGAUCAUUAUUGGCUUUGUUGACAUCAAGUUGAUUGAACCGGACUUCGAGGAGGGAGGUUCUAUCUUGAAAACAGAAGCGAUCUUUGAGAAGGCGUUCCAGUACGCCAUCACGGUGCUGAGUAUUGCGUGUCCGUGUGCGCUGGGGCUGGCCACGCCCACUGCCGUGAUGGUGGGGACCGGGGUGGGAGCCAUUAACGGGAUCCUCAUCAAGGGAGGAGAACCUCUGGAGAUGACUCACCAGAUUAAAUGUGUAGUGUUUGACAAGACUGGUACAGUGACCCACGGUAUUCCACGGGUGUCCCGGGUUACCAUGUUCGUGGAGGAAAAAGAUUGCUCGUUCGCCUCUCUCCUGGCCAUUGCUGGAACAGCGGAAGCCAGUAGUGAACAUCCCAUAGCAUCUGCCAUUGUCAAAUAUGCCAAAGAGACUCUGAAAGCAGAGAACCUGGGAAAGGUAAAGAAUUUCAGUGCAGUUCCUGGUUGUGGACUGAAGUGUGAAGUGUCGCAGAUCGAGCCUCUGUUAGUUGACUUGGACAUGGAGGGAGUGAACAACCGGAAAAACCAGGUCGGCAGUGUGCGCAUCAAGACUGACCACACGGUGUAUGGUGACAUAGAGCUGCAGUCACUACAGAUCGAGGAUGCGGCUCAACAAGCUUCAUCUUCCAAGCCGUAUGACGUGCUGAUUGGAAACCGAGAGUGGAUGCAUCGUAAUGGUCUGAUAGUGACGGAAGAUAUGGACAAAGUGAUGACAGAACAUGAGGAACUUGGUCACACAGCUGUUCUCUGUGUAAUUGAUGGAGUGAUUGUGUCGAUGCUGGCGGUGGCCGACAUGGUUAAGUCUGAGGCUCACCUGGCCGUGCACUGUCUGAAGCGCAUGGGUCUACAAGUGAUUCUGCUCACCGGGGACAACAACAAGACGGCCAAGGCCAUUGCUAAACAGAUUGGUAUCAAGCGUGUUUUCUCGGAAGUGCUUCCAUCACACAAGGUGAAGAAGAUUCAGCAGCUUCAAAAGCAAGGCUUGAAGGUCGCCAUGGUUGGAGACGGCGUGAAUGACUCGCCAGCCCUGGCACAGGCUGAUGUGGGUAUUGCUAUCGGCACGGGAACGGAUGUAGCAGUGGAGGCAGCCGAUAUUGUCCUCAUUAAGAGUGAUCUGUUGGAUGUGUACUGCGCUAUCAAACUCUCCAAGAGCACCGUUCAGCGGAUUCGCAUAAACUUUGUGGCAGCGUGUAUCUACAACUUGGUCGGCAUUCCAAUCGCUGCAGGUGUGUUCGUGCCGUUUGGCUUGUCUCUGCGUCCAUGGAUGGCUUCGGCAGCCAUGGCGCUGUCGUCAGUCUCUGUGGUCCUGUCAUCACUCUUCCUCAAGCUAUUUAAGAAACCACAGAAGGAUAAAAUGCUCACCCCGGACUACCUGAAGACAGUUGCUGAAGACCAAGUAAGCGACAAUAUUUCUAUGCACCGCGGCAUGGACGAAGACCCACCUAGUACGAAGGGAAGCAAGCAGGGGAGCCUACUCUCGCGACUCAGCAACAAAGUGAAAGAAGUGAAAGCCAUAAACUUUGAUCACAUCAGUGCCUUAACUCACGGAGACAUCCAUGAGAAGUUUUAAUUGUUCUGUUACUUGUUUCUGACAAGUCCAUAAUGAGACAUUUCUCACUGAAGAACAUUGUAAUGUAGCAGUUAUUAUAGCAGUUUGAUGAUAAUGUUUAAGUUAAGAUUUGUGUACUUAAAACGUUCUAAAAUGGACAAUUGGCAAAUUGGUAAAGAUGGAUCAUAUCAUUCCAAAAUUCGAACCAUGACAGUAUAUCUAUAUACAUGUAUUAAAGAUUGUUGAUGAAAAUGUUACCAAUAGAUGGAAUUAAACACUUUCCUUAUAGGCAGAUAGCUGAGUUGUGUGCUCAGGACAAUGUUCUUGAAUGUUAAUUACUGUAAACACAAUAUAUCUCAUUACAACAUGAUAUUGAAUUUUCCAUAGUGAAAUAUGUAUCACAAAUCGCUCACUUCAUAAUAAUCCAGAACCAAGUAAACACACCAUAUAUGAUUAGUAAUGUGUUCCGUUAAAUAAUACCUUGACAUUAGUGAAAUUGUAAUAAAUGUUAGUAAGUACUGGAACAUCUUCAUAAAUCAAGGCUAAUAUUCGUUCCUCGUAUUCAGCCUUGAUACAUGUCGUCAAGAAAUUGUGCCACAAAAUGCUUAAAUUUCA